AUGACCUCGGUACCAAAUACACCUACUCAUAACAAAGUAGUAUCGCACCAGGACUUUAAAGAACUCACAUUGUCGCCACAAGCAGAAGAACAACCAAACUUGGACUCAUAUUUUGACUGUAAUAGUAUCUCCAAAAAGCGAGGAUUACAACAGCUUCUGAAACCAUAUCCAAUACCCAAAACGCUAUUGCCCUUGCCACCAACAUCCAUAUCCUCCUUAUCCUCCUUGCCACAACCCAAAACACCUAUAUUCAAGUCAGGCUCAAUCUCAGGUACAUCUUAUGCAUAUCCAUUAAGCUCCCCCUCUCCAACAUCUACAACUUUUGCCACAAGUCUUUCCAGCAAUAUCAAAUCUCAAGACACGUUUAACUUAAACCCAACAAAGUUUGAUUUCAUCUUUGAUGUACGGCCAUUUAACUUGUAUUCAAAGAGCAGAAUACAAACUUCGGUUAACCUAAGUUUGCCUACAACGCUAUUGAAGCGUAACUCUAUGAACUUGAGCGAGUUGAUUAUCAAUAUGGUGGAAAUGGACUCAAGCUCAAAGCAAAUCAUACUAGAUCAGCUCAAGGAGGGCCAAUUGGAAAGAAGCUUGCAAAUCCUCAUUUAUGACCAAACUUCUACAAAUGAGGCUAUCACUUUUGCCUUGUAUCAAACUGUAGCCAAGUUUGAAAAGUAUCAUGAUAAAUUUGACAUUUAUUACUUGAAUGGCGGGUUUGCAAAGACAUUACUGGAUAAUGCCAACAUAGUAGAGCAUAUAACUAUAAACCCAAACGCUGCUGCUAACACCAAUAAUAAAAAUAGCCCAGAUGAACAAAAGAGAACAAAGUGUUUAUCGGGGUUCACUUUACCUUCUGCAACUAAUUUCAAAACCAAAUUUGUUCACUCUAUCAAAAAGAAUAAUGACUACUCAGAACUAAAUAUCAGUACCAAUAACAACAAUGGCAAUGGCAAUGGCAACCACGAUAACAGCUAUUUCAACGGCCAGGCUGCAAGUAAUGAGCAUACAAUGGAAGGGAAGAAGGAGGUUGGCCCCUCAUAUCAAUACAAAAUAGCCCCUAUUUCAAAAGACGUAUCCUUGUGUAAAUGGCUACAUUUCAUGAAAACGUGUACAAAUGAAGAUAUUGUUAGGCAGCUACAUCAAAAAUUUAACAGGGUUGAAGAAAUUGAAAAAAGACGAUUAAAUAAAAUGUGCUCAAAGUCUAAAGAUUCAGAUACAACGACAAACACCAAUUCUUCUAACCAGGAGACAACAAUUGCAUCACCAUGUUGUCAACAAUGUACACUAAUUGAUUUUAAACUACCUCAGGGAAUCGAAUUUGGCUACAAGAAUAGAUAUAAUAACGUAUGGCCAUAUGAACAUUCUCGAGUAAAACUAGAUCACGGCCAUUUUCGGAGUCCUGGUGAUGAUUACUUUAAUGGCAAUUACAUUGCUAUCAACACAAUAGUUGAUGGUGACUGUACAUAUAUUGCAACACAAAACCCUCUCUCGUCAACAAUUGAUGACUUUUGGGCACUUGUUCAGCAAGAAAAUGUUCAAAUUAUAAUUAAUCUAGAUCCAAAACCAGUAUUAUACUUUAACCACCCGCAAGUUCGAUCUAUUGAGACUAUAGGCACACCUUUUUCUGACUUUAAAUUACGCAAAAUUAACAAUUCAAUCUAUCAUUUUCAUUACCUUGGAUGGCCCGAUUUCGGUGUGCCUCAAUAUUUUCAAUCAUUAAUUGAAUUGAUAGAAUUGAAAAACAAAAUGGCCGAAUCUCAGCAUCUUUCGAAAAAAGUGAUUGUUCAUUGUUCUGCAGGGUGUGGAAGAACAGGGGUGUUUAUAACUAUAGAUGCAUUGAUUCAAGGAUACUCGAGAAACCCUCAACGAAUGGAUACACUGGAGGUGGAUUUGGUAUAUAAAUUAGUUCAACAUCAACGACGCCAACGAAUUUCAAUGGUUCAGACUUUGGACCAGUUUAUAGUAUGUUAUGAAGUUUUUGCUACUUAUUUGGAAUUGAAACAACAACAAGAACAACAACACCAAGAGAAAGAAAAAGAAGGAAAGGAAGAAAAAAAAGGAAAUGAAGGAAAUGAAGCACAACCCUCUUCAUCCAUGGAGUUGAACUUGAACCCUGAUUCGGGAAACUCAUCGCAAUGUUUAAAAAUGGCAAAUAUUUUAGAAAUUAUAAACAACAAUAUGGAGGAGUUUACCAGGCGAUCUACAAGCUCCCCUAAUAACAAUAAUAACUUUAUAGGUUCUUCGGGACAACCAGUUAGAAGCCCGAUUGUUAGGGAAAGCUCCGUUUCUACACCAUCUUGCACCACGGCUACCGCUGCAGCUGCCGUUGAGCGCGGUGAUUAUUUCCAAUUUCAAAAUACAUCCAUGUCGGUGAGUUCGAGAUAA